UGGAUACUCCAUAAUUGAGAUAAAAGACCAGACUUGGUGGGUCCUUAAGCAUCUCAACUAUCUAUGGAUCCUAAUUCCAUUCCCAUUCCCAUUCCAAUAGCCAUCAUUUUGAUUUCUGAAUAAACCCAAAACUACCAGAAAAGAAAGAAGCCACUUCUAAGAAAUUUCAACACCCAAAAGCCCACUUUAUUUUCGCAGCAGUAGUCAUCAAUCAUCAUUCAUCAUCUCUCCAAGGGAAGAAAAAGAAAAGCCAUGGACAACGAAGAUUCAUCGUUUGAGAGUAGCGAGAUGCUAGCCUCUUUUCUCACAUCCACACCAUUGCUAUCUGAGUCAUGGAGGCUAUGCGAUCUAGCCAAUACGAUGCCGUCGCAAGGUUUUGUAGCAGAGCAGACCGGAAGCCUAGGUUAUCUGGCCUUUUCUGGUGUUCAGCUGGUGGCAGGGCCCGACCCAACCUCCGCCAGGAAUUUGGAACCGCUUCUUACUUCUACAAAUGAUCUUUUCUCUCCUUUGCAACAUCAAAUUGAUGGAGAAGAAGAAGAAGGGCAGGAGCCCGUCAUGGUUCACGCUGGGCUUUUGCGGGUCUUCUUAUCUGUCUAUAGCAACCCAAGUUUUCAAAACCAGAUGUUGAAAAUACUGGAGAAAAGCAAGUCAAUUGUGAUAUCAGGCCAUGGCAUAGGAGGAACAACUGCUGGACUCUGUGCUCUUUGGCUACUGUCUUACCUUCAAUCAAUCUCUUCUACCAUCUCAGUGUUAUGCAUCACUUUUGGUUCUCCGUUGCUGGGUAAUGAGUCUCUUUCCCGUGCCAUUCUCCGCCAGGGAUGGGCCGGCAACUUUUGCCAUGUGGUGUCAAAACAUGACUUGGUUCCAAGGCUACUCUUUGCUCCUCUUGCUCCCCUAACUCCUCAGCUACAUUCCUUGCUUCAAUUCUGGCAGUUAUCGAUGACUUCACCGCACUUUGCAUUGCUUGCUGCCAAAUUACCUGAUGAAAGCAAAGCUGAAAUCUUCCACACUGUAUUAGCUUCCCUGAAUGGUUUGACGCAAGCAGAACAAGGGAAAAAGGUAAAUUGCGGCUUUUCGCCAUUUGGGAACUAUUUCUUCUGUUCUGAAGAUGGAGCUAUUUGUAUUGACAAUGCAACAUCUAUUAUCAAGAUGAUGCACUUGCUGCUGCUGAGCAGUUCGCCAAGCUGUAGCAUUGAGGAUCACCUUAAGUAUGGAUACUAUGUUCGGAAACUCACUCUGCAGGUUCUGAUGAGGACGAGUUUCCCACCUAGGGAGCUUCCUGAAUCAAGCUAUGAAGCCGGUGUUGCACUGGCUUUGCAGUCCUCAGGAAUAGCUUGCCAGGAUGAACAUGUUGCUCCACCAGCCAAAGCUUGCCUGAAAUUGGAAAGGCGAACAGGACGUACACCAAACCUCAACUGUGCUAAUCUAGCAAUUAAAUUGUCUAAGAUAGCACCUUAUAGGGCAGAAAUAGAAUGGUAUAAAGCAUCCUGCGACCAGUCUGAUGAUCAAAUGGGGUACUAUGACUCUUUCAAGCAAAGAGGAGCCUCCAAAAGGGACUCUAAAGUCAAUAUGAACAGGCUCAAGCUAGCUCGUUUUUGGGAUAAUGUAAUUAAUAUGCUGGAAAACAAUGACCUUCCUCGUGAUUUUCGCAGGCGAGCAAAGUGGGUGAAUGCAUCUCAAUUCUAUAUGCUCCUUGUAGAGCCACUAGAUAUCGCUGAGUAUUAUAGAACAGGAAUGCACCGUAAGAAAGGUCAUUAUAUUGCGCAUGGAAGGGAGAGGAGGUACCACAUUUUUGAAAGGUGGUGGAAAGAGAGACCAAUUAAAGAGGAAGAGCAGAAAACUAGAAGCAAGUUUGCAAGUUCCACGCAAGACACAUGUUUUUGGGCCAGGGUGGAGGAAGCUAAAGAGUGGCUAGAUAAUGUGAGAGAUGAGUCGGAUCCAAGAAAUCAGGCUCGACUAUGGUCCGACCUUGAUAACUUCGCAAGAUGUGCAAGUGAAUUAGUGGAAAGAAAGGAGGUCUCUAAGGAUGUAGUAGCAAAGAAUUCAAGCUAUUGUCUAUGGGUGAGAGAUUAUGAGGAAUUGAAAUCACAAUUUGUAGGUGCACCCCAGUUUCCAAGUAUUAUGGAUAGGGAAGUUGUUUCUUAGCUUCUCGUUUCAAGGAUAAUGUCGAAUAUCACCAUUUGUAGCUUUUACACUUGGUAUAUACAAUAUUGAGCUCUGUCAUCAGAGUGAUGAUUUUUUAUCUUGCUCAAAAA